CUGAAAUUCUGACAUUACGUAGUGUGCCUCUGUUUUCGAACAGGUCGGCUUCUUCCUGUCAAGGCAAUAACAACGUUCUAUCUACGUAUUACAACUACCGAAGGAAUUGUCCUGUUUUGUACACCUGAAGAAAUUAUGUCUGGACGUGGAAAAGGAGGCAAGGGGCUCGGAAAAGGUGGCGCGAAGCGUCAUAGGAAGGUACUGCGCGACAACAUUCAAGGAAUCACAAAGCCUGCCAUUCGUCGUCUAGCAAGACGUGGAGGAGUAAAGCGCAUAUCCGGGCUUAUAUACGAGGAGACUCGUGGGGUGCUGAAGGUGUUUCUGGAGAACGUGAUCCGGGACGCCGUGACUUACACCGAACACGCUAAGAGGAAGACGGUCACCGCUAUGGAUGUGGUUUACGCGUUGAAGAGGCAGGGCCGCACUCUGUACGGCUUCGGCGGUUAGGACGGCCGGCUGAAGCGUCUACAUUACUGGGCGGAGCUGCCAUUUGUCGACCUUUCCUUCUUUUGUUGCCUGCUUUUGAGACACGCUUUCGUUUUAGAUCCUGCAAAGCUCCACCCAGCUUCUCCGUAGCCACGAUGUGCUCUUUGCGCUGUUUUAACAGCCAAUUGGAAUACACGCUUGAACAGAACUCAUUUGCAUAUAUGCUCUGAUAAGAACCCUUGGUUUGCUGGUUGUUCUUUCGCUUCAUGGCACGCGGUGAGAAUGUUGAAGUGGUGGUACGUGGGGACAGUUUUUCCCUGUCAGAGGGUUAUGAAUGGUUUGUUGCCAGUUAUUACUAUACCAACCAUUAUAAACAGAUGUCACGAUAUUGCUUUGGAAUGCUUAAUGUUUCUUUUGUUGGUUAGUCUUUUUUCUAUUUAAUAAAGUAACUUGUCUCUAUAAA